AGCGCGACGUCAUCCACCAGGGUACCAGGCGUGUCCGUACAGCCUCUCCUUCACCAAACAGAGCCCGGGCCGGAACUGACUGCGGAACUGCUUCGUACACAAAUUAAAAUGACAGAUGUCACGGUGUUUUUGUCAUGUUCGUUGUUUUUUAUUUCAAUUUUGCGUCCAGGGAUCGGGGCAGAAGUGUCCUUGUGGAAUGUCGACAUCAACUCAUCACAAAAUGCCGUCUUCAGGAAGACAUUGUACGCCAACACAACCAUCUUUAUGAGAUUCCAGGGGGACUUGGCUUUAUGUGAUUCCAACCUGGCCUUCAACAUCAGUUGGUACCUCCGUUCCUCUGUCUGCUACAAUGAAGUCUUUAAUACUCCAGACAACAAGGCACUCACUAUGUUUGGUCUGGAUCACAUGCUGAAGGAGGACUGGAAUGGCUUCUACAGCCAGGGAUACAUGUACUUUGACAACUGCUCAGCUCUUUUUCUACCCAAGGUGUAUUACACAGACUUCAGCACCUAUCAGCCCCUCAUCAGCCCACAGAGCGAGGAAGGCAGGCCUUCCAAUCAGAGCGCUCCGCAGGGGUGGCUGGAAAAGCCGGAUAUAGGUGCGGUGGCCAAGGCGUGGUUCGACAGCCCCUACCUGUUUAUAGUGAAGGUGCAGCCGCAGCAGCGUGGAGAUGCCAGCGGGGGGCGCCCUGGAGCAGAGGAGGAGGAGACUAAUGAUGUCCCGGGAAACCUGGCCUUUAUCAUGACCGUGGAGAUGAAGGGACCUCGUGAAUACUCCUCCCCUGCAGACUGGCCUCUUAUGAUGUUCUACAUGGUGAUGUGUAUAGUGUAUGUAUUCUUCGGGGCGCUCUGGCUCUUCUGGUCGGCUUGUUACUGGAAGGAUCUCUUGAGGAUCCAGUUCUGGAUCGGAGGAGUGAUCAUCCUGGGCAUGCUGGAGAAAGCAGUCUUCUACUCCGAGUACCAGAGCAUCCGCUACAGAGGAGACUACGUCCAAGGUGCUGUAAUCUUUGCCGAGUUGCUGUCUGCUCUGAAGAGAUCUCUGGCUCGGAUCCUAGUGCUCAUAGUCAGUCUGGGCUACGGCAUCGUCAAACCCAGGCUGGGCACCACAGUCCACCGGCUAGCAGCAGUAGGUCUGCUCUACCUGCUCUUCUCCUCUGUGGAGGGAGUGCUGCGAGUCACAGGAGGUUUCUAUGGGACCGUAGCCCUGGUGGCUAACCUGAGUCUCUCCCUCAUUGACUCUUGUGUGAUGUGGUGGAUUUUCAUAAGCUUGUCCCAGACCACUCGUCUCCUGAAGCUGCGUAGGAACGUGGUGAAGCUGUCUCUGUAUCAGCAUUUCACCAACACACUUAUCUUCUCUGUUCUGGCUUCUAUUAUCUUCAUCAUCUGGACGACCAAAGUGUUUAAGCUGGUCGACUGCCAGACCGGUUGGAGGGACCUGUGGGUGGACGAUGCGUUCUGGCGCCUCCUCUUCUCCACCAUCCUCCUGGUCAUCAUGGUGUUGCUACGACCCUCCGCCAACAGCCAGAGGUUCUCCCAUUCCCCUCUGAUCGAUGAAGAUGAUGAUGAGGAUGAAGCCAAGGAGCCCAUGCUGAAUGAAGCGUUUGAGGGGAUGAAGAUGAGAGGCACCAAGGCUGAGACUAAUGGAUCCCAGUCACAGAAACUACUGAGUAAAGAGGAUGAAGACCUGAAAUGGGUUGAGGAGAACAUUCCCACAACUGUUGCUGAUGUAGCCCUCCCAGUAAUGCUUGACGAAGAGGAGGAAAUUCUGAAAACCAAGAUGGAGAGAUCCAAAAUGGAAUGACCGAGUGGAGGGGUUUCACCGAGGCAGCCAUUGAUGGAGUUAAAUGAAGACCGAGUGGAGGGGUUUCACCGAGGCAGCCAUUGAUGGAGUUAAAUGAAGACCGAGUGGAGGGGUUUCACCGAGGCAGCCAUUGAUGGAGUUAAAUGAAGGGACCCAUUAGAUCCUAUAUUUAUGUCCAACACUUUUUUAUGUUCCUUCAUUUUGAGCACCGCCAUGCAGCCGCUAAUAAACUCUACGGCUUUGCCAAAUGGCUCCCUAUUCCCUCUGUAGUGCACUACUUUUGACCAGGGCCCAUAGGGUAGUGCACUACUUUUGACAAGGGCCCAUAGGGUAUGGGGCCCUGGUCAAAAGUAGUGCACUACAUAGGGUUCCGUUUGGGACGCUCCCACACAGGGUUCCGUUUGGGACGCUCCCACACAGGGUUCCGUUUGGGACGCUCCCACACAGGGUUCCGUUUGGGACGCUCCCACACAGGGUUCCGUUUGGGACGCUCCCACACAGGGUUCCGUUUGGGACGCUCCCACACAGGGUUCCGUUUGGGACGCUCCCACACAGGGUUCCGUUUGGGACGCUCCCACACAGGGUUCCGUUUGGGACGCUCCCACACAGGGUUCCGUUUGGGACGCUCCCACAUAGGGUUCCGUUUGGGACGCUCCCACAUAGGGUUCCGUUUGGGACGCUCCCACAUAGGGUUCCGUUUGGGACGCUCCCACAUAGGGUUCCGUUUGGGACGCUCCCACAUAGGGUUCCGUUUGGGACGCUCCCACAUAGGGUUCCGUUUGGGACGCUCCCACAUAGGGUUCCGUUUGGGACGCUCCCACAUAGGGUUCCAUUUGGGACGCUCCCACAUAGGGUUCCAUUUGGGACGCUCCCACAUAGGGUUCCAUUUGGGACGCUCCCACAUAGGGUUCCAUUUGAGAUGUUCCCCGUCACUUGGCCCAGUGGCUCAGUCAGUCUGCCAUUGACACCUAUCUAUAAUAGUAUUGACACAGUGCAGUCUUAUCAUUUGUCUAUUUGCUAAAUGCAUUAUUAUGUGUCACUGUGAGUCUUUUUACGUCCGUUUCUGCCACCACCUCCCAAGAUAAUUAAUUUGACCCCCCCCCCCCCCCCCCCCCCCAACGCUGGCGAAGUGCAAUUUACUGAGCCACACAGCAGAAGAUCAGUAUCGGGCUGCCUGUGUAAACACCGCCUGUGUGGCCAGACUAGGUCCACUGACCCAGUAAUUUAUUCGACAGACAACAUAUGGUUUUGUAUUGUUAAAUUGUCCUGCAUUGUUUUUUUUGUUUAGCAGGAAAUAAGGACAGCAUCUAAUGUACAGUAAAGUGGGUCUGCGUUGUAAUUUCUUUGUUACAUUAAUGUAUGCAUUUUUUUGCUGUUUAUUCUGGGAUUAAAGUUUAUAUUAAAACCUC